AUGUCCACUGGCUUCAGCAGCCCUUUCGGGGGCAACUCGAACCCAUUUGGCAGACUGGAGACCACUGGUAUGCAAAGAGUCGCCGAGGAGGACGAAAAUGACAUGGUGACUUCGCCCACAACGGCGAGCUUUGGCCGCGCUCCAGCCGACCAUGGCGCCGGUCUCUUCCGAAGCCCUUUUGGUGCCGAUGCGGCAUCUGAUACACACAUGACUGGAGUCAACAGGCCCCAUCUUGAUCCAACAGGCUACCCAGCCCAGUACAACUUGGGUCGUCGCACUUCGGUAUCGGCCGAGUCACUGAAACCCCCUACCGGAGAAGCUUAUGACAAUUGGACACCUCCUGUGCAUCCCAAGACGCCCGAGCAACUGGAGCGGUUGAAGGAAGCCAUCAGCGGCAAUUUCCUGUUCAGCCACCUCGAUGACGAGCAAACCGCCCAGGUAUUGGGGGCUUUGAUAGAGAAGCCGAUCCCAUCCAAGGAUAUCAAGGUGAUUACCCAAGGAGAUACCGGUGACUUCUUUUAUAUCAUCGAAAAGGGUUCUUUCGAUAUUUACGUCAGCCCCACAGGAAAGGUCGAGCCUGGUUUGGACGGGGCUGGCAGGAAGGUUAGCACCAUUGGUGCAGGCGGUUCUUUUGGAGAGCUUGCGCUCAUGUACAACGCCCCGCGGGCCGCUACUGUUAUUUCCGCCGAGCCCAACUGCACCCUCUGGGCCUUGGACCGUAUGACCUUCCGGAGGAUCCUGAUGGAGUCGACCUUUGCCCGUCGUCGCAUGUACGAGGGUUUCCUCGAGGAGGUGCCUUUGCUCUCAAGCCUGACCCCGUAUGAGCGCUCCAAGAUUGCGGAUGCGCUCAAGAGCGAGAAAUUCCCGGCCGGUCACACCAUUAUUCGCGAGGGCGACCCGGGUGACUCCUUUUACUUGCUUGUGGAUGGCGAGGCGGUCGCUCUUAGGAGGGGCGACGAGGCCGCUGUCAAGCACUACAAGAAGGGCGAUUUCUUUGGCGAGCUCGCUCUGCUUAACGACGCACCACGCGCCGCCAGCGUCGUGAGCACCACUGAGGUCAAGGUUGUGUCGCUUGGCAAGUCGGCGUUCCAGCGGUUGUUGGGGCCGGUCGAGAGUAUUAUGCGGAGAACCAAGUAUGUGGGUGUCAAGACUGGGGUGGAGGAGAUGGAUCCCCUUCAGACGGUUUAAAGGAUGAUGGAGCAUGGAGAGGGAUCAGAAUAGGGAAAAGAGGUGUAAUGGGGCACGGUGUGGGCGCUUGCUUCUCGAGUUUUCUUGGUGGUGAAAAGAACAAAUAUUGGAGAAGGAACAAAGUAUGGUAUUCUUGGUGUGGCUUUGUGGGUUGGGGCUGGAGUUUUGGAUUAUUAUUUUCACUCUGCCGUCUCCCUUAUUUUUUUUUGACCUACAUUGAUUAUUCAAGACCAAACACUUUGGCUUGUUAUUAGAUACCUGAAGGAGUAGCAAACAGGUCAUGAUAGCAAAUGCUAUGUUUGCCUAGGGUUAUGUACAUUGCUCACCCCACCCAUAUGUAUUGUGCGAAAUGCAUAGUCGUUGACGGACACAUAGACAA